CUAUGAUGAGGCAAAUAUCUGAUCUCUUUGGGAAUACUAGUAAAGGACUUAGUUUUGGACUCAUGACGCUUGAAAAAAACUUAUGCUGUUGAUAUAUUGCUUUGUGGGUUGACUGAUUUCUAGAAAGGAGGACUCGGGCAUGGUUCCAAGGCUAGGUUUCGCUCUGUAUCUUUUCUUCCUGUUCACAUUCUUGUUCUCAUUCAAACAUGUACCUCCUUUAGAGACACACGUGUAUCUUUGACUUCACUAGAGCAUGACCACUCAGUGUUGAUUUUGUAGCAUCAUGGCUUCAGCAAGUAUUUUCUCCCCUCUCUUCUGCAGAAGUGGAAGUGAAGCCAUGGUCUUCAGUGGCAAGAAAGGGAAAGUAGUAGCUAAGCUGAAAAGCCAGGAACCGAUGGUGGCUGCUGAGGAUGUGGCAGUAACUAAGGAAUACUUCCUGGUGAUCUUCAGGUGUCCCUUCAUGAGACAGCAUGAGAUUGUUCAUAUAGAGUUAUACAAUGUCCAUACGUUUGCUUAUGCUCACAAUCUGAAAGGAUGUGGUAAUGAUUAUAUUCACACUUUUGCUGUGAAUCAUUCGGGCUCUCAUCUGGUGGCAUUCAGCCCUAUUCCAAACACCAACACCACUGAGAUAAUAUCAUGGAACUUGGAGUCUGAAGACCAUAAACACUUGGCUAAAUUUCCUUCAGUUCCAGCUGAUGGUGUAUGCUCUGACCUUCGAUACUGUUUAGCAUUUUGUGAUGGAGAGAAUUACCUUCGAUCCUGGAACCUGGCCUCCAAGAUCAAUGACCAAUCUUUGACUGUCACUGCAAGCAAAGCUAAGAAAGUAAAUGGUAUUCAGCAUAUUGUGACAAUGGAGAACUAUCCCAGGUAUGCCGUGUGCCAAAAUACCAGUCCAGGAGUCAUAACAGUGUGGAACAUAAUGAAAUCAAAGUGUAAACACAAUGCUGUGAGAGUGGAGAGAGGGCUGGUAACAAAUAUGGAUAUAGUCCUGGUUAGAGACAUGAAGCUUUAUAUCCUUACUGACAAAGGAAUGGCCUCCUUCGCAGAUCCUCCGAGACCCAUUUUCCAGACCCUGUUAGUUUAUGAUCUCCUGAAAAAGAAGUACAUAAAGAAACAGACUGGCCUUUACAUAAUUCCUUGUCCAAGUGAUGAGUACAAGAUCCUUGAAGGAGGCCUUCUACUUGGUCUCUCAGAGAACAGAGACCAUUUUAUCAUCUGGAACAUGGAAACAGGCUUUAUUAAGGAUCGAAUAAGACCAGAAUACAAGGAAAAGUCUUGUUUGCAAGCUGCUCAAUCUAACCAUUCGUUCUCCAAGGAAAACAUCAAUCUAUACAAAGGAGCUUUGUCUAAAGAAGUAACAGAGUUAUGGCUUCCUUGGGAAAGGCGUACCGAAACUAUGACUGGAAAGAAAAGGAGAUGGGAAAAGGUAGAAAAGCUCAAUAUGGAAAUAUUACAAGAACUAGCUAAUGAGAAGAGCAAUGCUAUUGACCAGUACCUUCUGAGUGGAGAUGAAAAGAUAGUUGUGUGUUCCUACUAUGCACAUCACCUAUCUGUGUUCAGCUUGGAAACCAUGUCCCACCUCUACACCCUCGAGAGUAGAGAAUCCAUGCUUUUCUUGCACAAUGCUGCCUUGACCUAUAAUGGCCAUUACCUGGUACUCUCCAAUUACACCGAGGUGGAGAAAGUCAACUAUUUAACACUAUGGAAUUUAACUACAGGAAAGAUUAGGAAAAGAUUAAAAAAUGAGCCAAAUGUUUGCUGUACAGCUAUUACCGCUGAUGCCAGUAGAAUAAUUUUUGGAGUGAUGAUGGAAAACAGGAUUAAGAUUUGGGAUCCAUUUAUGCACAGACACAGAUUAAUUCAAGGCUAUGAUGGUCUUCAUCUGACCGUGAACAGCAGACUGCACAUAUUAGAUGGGACACAGGCUGUCCUGCUUGCAGGUGAAGUCAGUCUCUGGAACCUGGAAAGAGGCACAGUAAUAUCCAUCUUUACACCAGACAGCAAGAUCUCUUGCAUGACCAUUUCUUCUGACCGAAGGGCAGCUCUUUUAGGCUUGAGCGAUAGCCCUACUCUUGUCACUUUGAAAAUGCUGAGCGUCAAUGCAGCUGCAAGUUCAACAGGAAAAGAUUUGUUUGGAGAAGAAUCAUCAAGCAGUGAAGAGGAACCCACAAUUAUUUAAAAGCCACAUUCAAAACACAAUGAAGCACUGACAAGUCAGAAAUGAAAAUUCAGCUAUUGCAUAUAUCGCUAUUAAAUAAAAUGAAUGCAUAAUAUAUCCACUGGCUUAA